GGUGCCAUUGAAAUCAUUCUAGAGGAUGUACUUUGUCCAACUUUUAAUAAAGAAUAUUUAACCGAGCCAGAUGUUUAUUUAGAUGCUAACAACCAAGCGUUUGUUAACUUUUCAAUAAUUAAACAAUUUCCACCGGAUGUUCAGGUCCGCUUUCAUUUACUAGGAGCAUCGAUGGGUGAAUUUGUCAUAGAAACUGGAAUCGAUGUAGAGAUGGGCUUGUGUGAAAUAUUCGGUGAACCUGUUAUAAUGGGUCCACUUCUUAAAUUAUAUGGAUUCGUGGCGGCGGACUGUCCACCAUCUCCU